GUAAAAUACCAAUGCCAAUUACAAUACAAACGCUUAGAUAAAAUACCAUUAAACGAAAACGGAGAGCAUAAUUCGAAUUAAAGGAGUGUAACAGAGUCAGUUGGAAAUGGAAAAAAACUGUACGGAAAAACUGUAUAUGUACAAUGGAAAUAUAAAUCAUAACGAAUUUCAUGAAGAUUUAAAUAGCAAUGAACUACAAGAAGUACCAUCAAGCACUCUUGUCUUUUAUGUGAAUGGAAAGCAGGUAUUAGAUAAGAAUAUAGAACCACAAUGGACACUUCUAUGGUAUCUCCGCAACAAACUUGGAUUGACUGGUACAAAACUUGGUUGUGCAGAAGGCGGAUGUGGAGCCUGCACAGUUAUGAUUUCAAAAUUUGAUCGUGUCACUGGAAAAAUUAUUCAUUUAGCUGUUAACGCAUGUUUAACACCUGUAUGUGCUGUACAUGGUUUAGCUGUAACCACUGUGGAAGGUAUUGGUAGCACAAAAACUAAGUUACAUCCAGUACAAGAACGUAUUGCCAUGGCACACGGAUCGCAAUGUGGAUUUUGCACACCUGGUAUAGUCAUGUCUAUGUAUGCUUUGUUGCGUAGCAUACCAAAACCGACUGUAAAGAAUUUAGAAACUGCAUUUCAAGGUAAUCUGUGUAGAUGUACAGGAUAUAGACCGAUUAUAGAAGGGUUCAAGACCUUUACAGAGGAAUGGGAACGAUCGCAAUUGAUGACCAACGUACGAGAAGAAGAGACAAACAACAUAAGAGUUUGUUCAAUGGGUGAUUCUUGUUGUAAAAAGGUUUUCACGUCUAAACCAACUGAAAUUUUCAAUUCCAAAGAAUUCUGUCCGUACGAUUCUACUCAAGAACCGAUAUUUCCGCCAAAAUUGAAAAUGGAUUCUAAGCUAGAUGAGCAAUAUCUGAUAGUGAAAGGAAGAGAUAUCACUUGGUACAGACCAACGAAUUUAAAGACAUUGCUUGCGCUUAAAGAAGAAUAUACGAAUGCUAAAAUUAUCAUAGGUAACACGGAAAUCGGGGUUGAAAUGAAAUUCAGACGUUUAAUAUACCCGAUACUUAUACAACCAACGCAAGUAAAAGAAAUGCGUCAAGUUAUCGAAACACCAGAGGCGUUGAGAAUAGGUGCAAGCGUAACAUUAGUUGAACUUGAGGAAACCCUAGGACAUUAUAUUAAAAUAAAACCUGAAUGUAAUACAAGGAUCUUUAUGGAAAUAAUAAAUAUGUUACAUUGGUUUGCUGGACAACAGAUAAGAAAUGUUGCUGCUGUGGGUGGUAACAUAAUGACUGGAAGCCCUAUAUCAGAUUUAAAUCCAAUCUUUAUGGCUGCAGGUAUUAAAUUAAAUUUAUGCAGUUUGAAACAUGGAAAUCGAACCAUUUUAAUGGAUCAUACCUUUUUCAUCGGAUAUCGACGUAAUGUUGUUUUUCCUGAAGAAGUACUAGUUUCUAUUGACAUUCCUUUUACAAAAGAGAAUCAAUUUUUCAUCGCUUUCAAACAAGCAAAACGGCGAGAUGAUGAUAUCGCCAUAGUUAACAUGGCCUUAAAUGUAUAUUUCAUUUCUGAGACGAGUAUAAUUCAAGAAGCGCAUAUCGCAUUUGGUGGGAUGGCACCAACUACCAUCUUAGCAAGACAAACUUGUCAGAAAAUAAUUGGAAGAAAAUGGAAUAAAUCAAUGUUAGAAGAGGUUUACGAUUCCUUACUUGAAGAAUUGCCAUUAGCGGAUAAUGCGCCAGGAGGAAUGAUUAAAUAUCGUCGAUCUCUUACUCUCAGUUUAUUUUUUAAAGCAUUUGUGCACAUCUCUAAGAAAUUAUCAAAAAAUGUUUCGGACAUGGAGUAUAUGUCAAAAGAACUAGAAAGCGCUUCGGAUUGCUUCCAUUAUAAAGCACCAAAAAGCUCGCAAUAUUAUCAAGUGGUACCUAAAAGUCAAAAAUCACAUGAUCUAAUAGGACGUCCUAUUGUGCAUACUAGUGCAUUUAAGCAAGCAACAGGUGAAGCGAUAUAUUGCGAUGAUAUGCCUAAAUUUGCAAAAGAAUUGUACUUAGCGUUGGUUCUAUCUACUAGAGCGCAUGCAAAAAUUUUGAAAAUUGAUCCAUCUAAAGCACUAUCUAUGGAAGGAGUCGUAUCGUUUUUCUCUUCGAAAGAUAUAGCAGAAGAUAAAAGAUUGAUAGGUCCUAUAUUUCACGAUGAAGAAGUAUUUAUAUCAGAAAAAGUUACCAGUCAAGGCCAAAUAAUUGGUGCGAUUGUUGCUACCGAUCAAAUUACUGCUCAAGCUGCAGCAAGUGUUGUCAACAUAGAAUAUGAAGAUUUAGAACCUAUUAUCAUAUCUAUUGAGGACGCUAUUAAGCAUAAAUCAUUCUUCCCUGGAUUUCCUAAGCGUAUUAUUAAAGGCAAUGCAGAUAAAGCUUUUGCAGAAGCUGAUCAUAUUUUAGAAGGAGAAGUACGUAUAGGUGGUCAAGAACAUUUCUAUUUGGAAACAAACGCUGUUAUUGCCGUGCCUCAUGAAGAGAAUGAAUUAGAAGUAUUUUGUUCCACCCAACAUCCUACUGAAGUACAGAAAUUAAUCGCUCAUGUCUUAAAUGUACACAUAAACAGAAUUAAUGUUCGUGUAAAGCGCAUAGGUGGAGGCUUUGGAGGCAAGGAAUCACGUGCAGCGAUACUCGCGAUACCAGUGGCACUGGCAGCACAUAAAUUGCAGAAACCAAUUCGUUGCAUGUUAGAUAGAGACGAAGACAUGAUGAUAAGUGGAACACGACAUCCAUUUUUGUUUAAAUACAAAGUUGGAUUCGAUAAUGAUGGUCUUAUCAAAGUCGUAAAAGUACACAUAUAUAACAAUGCUGGUUAUUCUCACGAUUUAUCAAUAUCGGUAUUGGAACGUGCCAUGUUUCAUUUUGAAAAUUCAUAUAAAGUCCCAGUGUCAGAAGUAUAUGGGUAUGUGUGUAAAACAAAUUUACCAUCGAACACAGCUUUUCGAGGUUUUGGUGGGCCACAAGGGAUGUUUUUAGCUGAAACUAUCAUUCGACAAAUCGCUGAUUAUCUGAAUCUAGAUGUCGUCAAGUUGUCUGAAUUAAAUUUAUACAAGGAAGGUGAUUUAACGCACUACAACCAACAACUGAUCAAUUGUACUUUAGAUCGUUGCUGGCGCGAAUGUCUAGCAUCUUCCCAUUAUAGUGAAAGAAUAAUCGAGAUUCAACAAUACAAUAGAGAGAAUCGAUUUAGGAAAAAAGGAUUCGCGAUUGUACCUACAAAAUUCGGUAUAGCAUUUACUGCAUUAUUCUUAAAUCAAGCGGGUGCAUUAGUGCAUGUAUACACUGAUGGAUCAGUGCUACUCAGUCACAGUGGCGUUGAGAUGGGACAAGGUCUAAACACCAAAAUGAUUCAAAUUGCUAGCAGAAUUUUAAGAAUAAAUCCAGCAAAGCUACAUAUCGUUGAAACGGCUACCGAUAAAGUUCCCAAUACAUCUGCGACUGCGGCAAGUUGUGGAUCUGAUCUGAAUGGCAUGGCUGUUAUGAAUGCGUGUCAGGAAAUCAUGAACCGUUUACAACCGAUAAUUAAUAGCAAUCCAAAAGAUACUUGGGAAGAGUGGAUAAAAGCAGCAUACUUUCAAAGGAUAAGUCUGUCCGCUACCGGUUUCUAUCAAACGCCCAACAUUGGAUAUUCUUUUGAAACUAAUACAGGGAAUCCCUUUAAUUACUUUACGUAUGGCGUUGCUUGUACGGAGGUCGAAAUCGAUUGUCUUACUGGUGAUCAUGAGGUUUUACGAACAGACAUUGUGAUGGAUCUUGGAGAAAGCUUGAAUCCAGCCAUUGACAUAGGACAAGUUGAAGGUGCCUUCACGCAAGGAUAUGGUUUGUUUACGUUAGAGGAAUUGAUUUAUUCACCAACGGGAGCUUUACUUAGUAGAGGACCUGGCGCGUAUAAAUUGCCGGGCUUCACUGACAUACCUCAGCAAUUUAAUGUUUCCUUAUUAAAAGGAGUUUCCAAUCCAAGAGCAGUAUAUUCUUCCAAGGCUGUUGGUGAACCACCGUUAUUUUUGGCGUCAUCUGCGUUCUUUGCCAUUAAGGAGGCAAUUAAGGCUGCGCGUAAAGAUAUGAAUAUUCAUAACUAUUUUAGAUUUGAUGCCCCUGCAACUGCUGCACGUAUACGUAACGCUUGCAUAGAUAAUUUAACAAUGAAGAUUACAGAGCCUGAUUUAAAACAACAAUGGAAUAAAGUGCCAUGAACGAAGAUUCAUUAAGAACGUUUAUACUUUUCAACUAUUUUAAAGAUAA